AUGGAUGUAUUCUGGCGGGCACCUCCCGUGGCCAGGACACUCACUGCUGCGACCCUGAUCCAGUCGCUUCUGUAUCAUGGCCGUCUCAUCACGGGUAGAUACAUCACCUUUGUUCCCAGGAAGAUCUUCUUCCAUCUGCCUCCGCAGAUCUGGCGGUUGGCAACCUGCUUCUUUUUGACCGGCCCCGACCUCGAGUUUAUCUUUGACCUCUGGAACCUAUGGCGUUACAGCAGUGCUCUUGAGAGCGAGUCGGGUCGCUUUUCGAAGCCCGGUGACUUCUUCAUCUACAUCCUGUUCGUAGGCACCGUCAUUCAGGCCACUGCAGGUUUGUAUCUGGGUUAUUCUACGUUCCUCCAUGAUACUGAGUUCCGGCAAUCAGCCCUGAUCUUGGGUCUUGUCUGGACCUUUGCCCAGGAUAAACGGGGCACUCGCGUGAGAUUUUUCGUCAUCGAUAUCCCUGUGAUUUACCUGCCAGCCGCGAUGCUGUGUAUCACCAUGGUGCGCGGUGGAUGGCCUGCAAUGCUGCUGGAAGGCACCGGAAUCCUCGGUGCCCAUCUUUACGACUUCAUCACCCGCCUCUACCCGGCCUUCGGAGGCGGCCGAAACUUCAUCUUCACCCCUCGCUUCGUGCAGCGCUUCUUCUACAAGCAUACCCCAAAUGCUGGAUAUCGUGGAUACGGCACGGCUUACCAUGCGCCACAGCCAUCUGAGCCGUCGCCUUCGUCCCAAGGCCAGGCAUCUGGUUCUGACGCCGGGGAGCGCUGGGGCAGUUGGGGCUCUGGACGGAGACUCGGCUGA